AUGUUGGCAAGUAGCGCUUCCACUGACAGUUUAAUCCUGAAGCUCCACGACGUGAACGGAGUGAAGUUCGGAGAAUACAAGCUGAAGAGCGGCCUGCUGGCACCCAUUUAUAUCCACCUGAGGGUGCUCGUGUCCCACCCCGCGCUCACGCACCAGGAACAAAAAAUCAGUACAGUAACUCUGUCACCUUCACUCUCUCUCAGCCCCAAGAAUGGCAGCGACUCUCCUGCCAGUAAGAAGCUGGAGCUUAGUUAUUCAGAAAGAGCCGAGUUAGGAAACAUUUACCUUCUAGCAUCAAAGCUGCUGAAGAUUAUGGAGGAGAAGCAGUCCAACCUUUGUGUGUCUGCUGAUGUAACCAACAGCGAGGAGCUGCUGCAGCUGGCCGAGUCGCUCGGUCCAAAGAUCUGCAUGCUGAAGACCCAUGCAGACAUCCUGGAGGACUACACAUCAGCCUUCAUUCAGAACAUGCAAGCCUUAGCAGAGAAACACAACUUCCUCAUCUUUGAAGAUCACAAGUUUGCUGACAUCGGGAACACAGUCAAGCGUCAGUAUGAUGGUGGUUUGUACCAGAUUUCCUCCUGGUCCCACAUAGUGAAUGCCCACGCAGUGCCGGGGCCGGGAGUGGUGAAAGGUCUGAGCGCUGUAGGAAAGCCUCUGGGCCGAGGCUGUUUGCUCAUAGCUCAGAUGAGCUGCCAGGGAACCCUGGCUGCUGGUGAAUACACAAAGGCUGCGGUGCAAAUGGCAGAGGAGCACUCGGACUCUGUGAUGGGGUUUAUCUGUGGCUCCAAGCUCACAGAGAGGCCAGAGUUCAUCCACAUGACCCCCGGGGUGCAGAUGCAGGCUGGAGGUGGUCCCCGUCCCAUCCAGGUGAUCAUCACAGAAUCAGGAAGCCAACCAGACUCCCUAUUCAGUGGAACGCCCACUCGUCUGCACACAUCACCCAGUACAUCCUUAAAUGGAGAGCUGAUAGGCCUGUAA